AGUUAAUCACCAAUCAAGUUUGAUGUCAUCGAUCUGUGAGACACUUUCACAAGAGCCCCCGAAUAUAUAAGCUUCUUAGGAAGACUGACGAAACGGAGAAUGCUGGAAUGUCUCCCAUUCGGAUCAUUGAGGUCGUCUUCAGCGUCUGUUCCGGUCCGUAAUCCGCCUCUUCCUUGCGAAGGGUAUUCGACAGAGCCCACUCCCCUUACCAGCACUCCGUCCUCUCCCGCCCCAGAUGUGGUGUCUCGCGAAUUCAAUGGCGCUGUACAGGCCGAUUCCUGCCAAGAGAUUCGAUCGAUAGUACAGUCAAAAGUAUUUGACCCCGCUGGAUGCGAUCCUUCGCAAGACCACCCUGCGCUCGUUAAUGGGUAUGCCGAGGGAGACUCUCAAAGGAAAAUCCUGGAACAGGUGCUUCAACCUGACCGAGAUUGCGUCCAAGAAGCUCUCGCACAACCCAAGCCCAAUUCUCUGACCCGCCUCGUCUCGACCUACUUCAAACACAGCGAGACCGCCUCUGAACUCUGCCUCCUACUUCAUCGAAGUCUCAAUUGUGUGCGUAGUAUGUACGCUCCUCUUCUUGACCUUCUCUCUGUUCUUCCCUCUGAUUCCAAUCAUAUCACUCAAGCCCAGUGUGACAAUGCAUUCGACGUCUUCUUCAGAUUCAAUAGCCAUGACAAUCCUUUUCCCUCCCGCGAUUCACAUAACUUCAGCAACAUGCGUAACUCCUUUUCUGAACUCGACCAACAACUUCAUCGUUCUCUCCGAAAGUCUCGCUCCAAAUUACGCCUUCUUCGUGGUGCUACCAAUGGUUCUGCACUUUGCUUCAUUGCCACCGCCGUAGGAGUGGUUGUAUCUGCCGUUGUUGUCACGACUCAUGCAAUUGUAGACAUUGCUGCUGCUGCUCCUCUUUGCCCUACAUAUACCUCUCCUACUUGGAACCCAAAAAAGAAGGAACUUGCUCGACUGGCGCAGCUUGAAGCCGCUUCGAAGGGUACAUAUACCCUGAAUAAAGAUCUUGAUACGAUUGAUCGCCUUGUUGCUCGGCUACAUGGUGCGGUUGAGGCUGACAAGCGGUCCGUUUGCCUUGGCUUGGAGAUGGGUAAAAAUAGAUAUGCCAUGCAAGAGGUCAUCAAGCAUCUUCGCAGGGACUCUCAGAAUUUUCUCCUCCUUAUGGAAGAACUUGAGACCCGUGUAUACAUCUGCUUAAAUUUUGUUAACAAGACCAGGUGGAAUCUCCUUCGCGAGAUAUGCCUUCAUCAAACUGCGUAACUCCUAACCUUUUUUUUUUUUUUUUUAUCCUUGUCACUGCUAACUCCUAAUGUGUGCGACCUAUUUGAACUUGCUUUCUAACCAGGAAUGAAAAUACGAGCAUUUAACCA